AUGCCGCGCCUCCCGCUCCUCGCCGUCCUCCUCCUCGCCCUCGCGGCGGGGGCCAACGCCGGGGCGUGCGACCCCACGGUGACGUGCGACCCCCUCCCCGCGGGCGCGUCCACGACCAACUGCAACGCGCACUGGGAGUGCGCCGCCCCCGCGUGCGCGCCGCAGCAGACGUGCACGGUCGUCGACGCGUACGAUCUCGCCUCGGGCGCGCUCUCCCCGGUCUCGAACUUCACGUUCGUCGCGCUCACGGAGGGGACGUUCGGCGGCGACGCGAGCUGCGGCAGCGCGGGGUGCGACGACGUCGUGCUCACGCUCGUGUUCCAAGACGCGGCCAAGGAGUCGUCGUACACCACGGACGGCUGCGAGAUCGUCGACCAGCCGAAGCGAUGUCCGUUCGGUGGUAAUAAGAAGAUUCCCGAGCAACCGCCGGCGUUGUCGUCGACGACCGCGAAGCUGCUCUGCAAGAACCAGGUGCUCCCGUGCGGAGCUUUGAACGGUCUGAAAGCGGUCGCGGACGUGAACUUCACCGCGGCGGUGCGCUACCCGGCGCCGCCGCCCAGCCCGCCGCCGCCGCCGUCGCCGCCGUCGCCGCCGCCCGCGCCGGCGCGCCCCCCGCCAAACCCGCCGCCGCCGGGGACGUUUUCGCCCGGCGGCGGCGGCCGCGCGGUCGUCGUCGGGCUCGCACAGACCGCGUUAGGGGUGAUUCUCGCGUACGCGGUCGUGGGGUACGCGUACGCGUUCUUGAGCGCGCGGGAUCGACUGCCGCCGAGGAUCGACGACUGGACGCGGCGGUUUCGACCGUGGAGGUGCGACGAGGAGAUCGCAAACGGCGGCGGCGUCGGGUUGCGCGGCGAGUGCGAGCUGCUGUGGUGCUGGUGUGUGCCGUACUACUGGCGGUACAGCGACGGCGAGGCGAUGGACGCGUACUGGGCGUUUCACCCGGCGGACGACGACGAGUAG